AUGAGGUUUGAAGAGGUCCUUGAGGAAGUUGGCAGCUUCUCCAAGUUCCAGUUCCUAGUUCUGCACUUGUUAUGUUUGCCACGUGUCAUCCUGCCGUUAAACUUCCUCCUACACAGUUUCAUCUCCGGCGUGCCACCACACCGCUGUGCCCUGCCACACCUGGGUGAUGAGGUCAGUGACGGAUUGAUGGGUCUUGCUGACCACGAUGCUCUGGCCCUGAAUCUACCACUGGACCCCGAUGGAUCUUUUAGCUCCUGUCAAGUAUAUGGUGAUCCUGACCUGGCACUCAACAACAGGUCAAACGUGACAGUGAGACUGGCUUGCCCAAAUGGAUGGGUCUAUAACCGAACACAGUUUCACUCCACCACCGCUACUCAGUGGGAUUUGGUCUGUGACAACAAAAAAUAUAACCAGCUCUUAGCAACUUUCUUCUUCAUUGGGGUUACCAUUGGUGCAGUGAUAUUCGGUUACUUGUCAGAUAGGUUUGGACGAAGGCCACUGAUCCUGGUGUCCUUUUUAGCAAGCGCUGUGUUUGGCACAGCAUCUGCUUUCUCAAGCUCGUACGUGAUGUUUGCUGUGAUUCGGACCCUCUGCGGAGUCUCGCUGACCGGGAUGUCCCUCACCACGAUGGCCCUCAGUAUUGAGUGGAUCGACACAGAGCACCGCACAUUUACUGGCACUAUCAUCAGUCUUGGCUGGAGCGUGGGGAACAUGCUCCUUAGUCUCCUGGCUUACUGCUUAAGAGACUGGAGGCAUCUGGUGCUGGCGGUCACUUCCCCCUGCCUGGUUGCCAUCAUCUCUUGGUGGUGGAUCCCAGAGUCUGCCAGAUGGCUUCUAGCCAAUGGCAAGGUAGAGGAAGCCAAGACAUAUCUGGAACAGUGUGCCAGGAUGAACAGCAAGCCUUCAGCCAAACUAGAUUCAGAGACUCUCAGCAAGGUCACUGUUACUGAGGCUACCAACAAGGACUACACGUAUUUGGAUCUUUUGAGAACACAGAAGAUAAGAAAGAUAACAAUUUGUUCUGGAUUGCUCUGGUUUGCUGUAGCCUUCACCUACUAUGGCAUCAGCCUCAACAUCACAGGCUUUGGUCUCAAUAUGUACCUCACCCAUUUCGUGUACGCUGCCAUUGAGGUCCCAGCUAAAGUGGGCACAUACUUUGCCCUGGAUCGGAUUGGCCGGAGAAAUGUCCAGGCGUACUCCCUCAUUACUGUUGGGGGACUAUUGGGCAUCAAUGCGGUCAUACCAAAAGAGUAUACAGUUGUGCGCACAUGCAUAGCUGUCACCGGUAAAGGCUUCUCAGAAGCUGCCUUCACAACCGCAUUUCUUUAUACUGCUGAAUUAUACCCUACUCUUAUCAGGCAGUGUGGUCUGGGCUACACAUCCUUCGUCGGUCGCAUUGGGGGUUCCCUAGCUCCCCUGGUGAUGCUGCUGGAGGACUUUUGGGUGUUGGCACCACCACUGCUUUUUGCUCUUACUGCCGUCAUCUGUGGGAGUGUGGUGUUCCUACUGCCUGAGACUCUGAAUGAGCGUUUACCUGAAAACAUACUGGAUGUAGAAGAGGGAAGGUAA